AUGUCCGCUACAUCCGUCGAAGUCCUUAUCGCUACCGUGCCUGGCAAGUCCAUCUCCGUGCGCUCCCACCCUCACGAGCCUGUCUUCUUCCUCCUUCAACGCAUCUCCCAUCUCCUCUCCGAGGCCACGACCACGACAUACGCGCGCUCCCUCUUCAUCAAUGGGGUCCCUAUGAAGGACCUCCAGCAACCCCUUUCGUUCUACCGAAUCUACGGCAAUGGCCUCACCUAUCUCUCCCUCAAACCGUCAGAAUCCCAGUUCUUUGUCCGAACACUCACGGACAAAACUCUAGUCCUGCCCUACAAGGCCCUGCGCUCCAUCGAGAGCAUCAAGGUCGUGAUUGAGGAGAAAACUGGAAUUCUUGCGCAGGAUCAAAGACUCAUUUUUUCGGGUAAGCAACUUGAAGACUGGAGAACUCUUCAGGACUACAGAAUCUUGUUCGGAUCGACACUUCAUUUGGUGCUUAGUUUGCGAGGCGGUGGCCCACCUGCGGUCUCGGGGGUGUUGUUUGCGGACGUAUCCGAUACGAAGAACGUCCGCAACAUUCAGUUCUCGGAUAGGGCUCCUCGGGGACGCGCUGUGGACAACGGAACCAACGUCGAGUGCCGAUGCAGUUGUACUCCCAAGUACAGAGUGAUCUGUCCGAAGGGCACCGGGAUGCUCGAACUCUCGCGCUCGACUUUCUGUUGCCCAAAUUGUAAACAAGAAAACGAACGGGUUGUUCCUGUCACGGUUGGGUUCUCGAACUGCAAGUACAGGUUCCAUGGGAUCAAGUCAGCGACGGGGGAGCAGUAUACUUCUGAUUGGAAGUAUGUGAGGUCCGAGGCCGGGUAUGAGGUGUUCGAUGCGGGGAACCAGACGACUUGGAGGAGGUUGGUGAUCGAGAGCGCAAAGAUGGAUGAAUGCGAGGAUUGUACGAUUUGUUUGGAGCCAAUGAGGAAUGUGAAGCCGCUGGGAUGUGGACACAGGUUCCAUGGAGAGUGUUAUGCGGCCUGGAUGGGGUCGUGUCCGCUGUGCAGGUUCAAUGCACAUUUGAUUGACGGCACUGCAGCUUGA